UCCAAUCGCGGGGUCAAGGGACGGCGCAGCGUCUGCCUUGCAGCCUGUUGUAAGCGCGUGGUCGCCUGGGCUACCGGUCCGUGUUGCCUCUUCAGCUUCGUUGCCGAACGCGCUGAAGGGUUUCCUAUUAGUGUUUUCUCGUAUUUUACAUCCCUUUAGGAAUCGAAUAUUUAUUUUUACCACACAGAUCAUUUCCGCCAAGUACAUAUCUGAUUUUGAUAGUCGGUAUAUUUUUUUUUACAUUUUUUGUGCAUAACUGUCUUUUAUUACUAUCAAUUCCUAGUCAAAAUGUCGUCAACUACAUCGGGCACAUGGUCUUCAUCUUCAUCCUCUGGCCCAAAAUUAGAGGAAGCUAUUGAAGAGACCCCUACUUGCUCAUCACCAGAACCCGUGUCGUGUUACUUGCACCAUGAUCCGGAACAUCCCAUCUCAUCAUUUUCUGUGAUCAAUAAAAUGCGCAUCAAUAUUCAGUUAUGUGAUGUUUCUCUUCGGAUCGGAUCUAGUGUCACUAAAGCUCACCGCUUGGUUUUGGCUUCGUGUAGUCCUUAUUUCUAUGCAAUGUUUAACGAUGACAUGGCAGAGAAAUUACAAUCCGAAGUUGUAUUGCACGAUGUUGAUUUGAGCGCUCUACAGCUUUUAGUGGAAUACUCAUACACCGGUCAAGUACACAUCACUGAUGAAAACGUGCAGGUUCUAUUACCGGCGUCAUCUUUACUCCAAAUCAACUCUGUUCGAGAUGCAUGUUGUACAUUUUUAAUGAAACAGUUGCACCCUACGAAUUGUUUGGGUAUUAGACAGUUUGCUGAAACACAUUCAUGCAAUGAAUUAAGAUCAAGAUCACAUCGGUACGCCCUCCAAAAUUUUGAAGAAGUUGUGAAAACUGAAGAAUUUUUGUUUUUAUCAUUUUCCGAGGUAGAAGAUUUAAUAUCAAAUGACAAAUUGAACGUAGUGUCAGAAGAACAAGUAUUUGUGGCCAUUAUGGAUUGGAUAAAACAUGAUCCAAAUGAACGAUCUCAAUACAUUGCUAGACUAUUGGGACAUGUGCGAUUAGCUCAAAUGUCCAAAAUGUUUUUGCUUAACGUAGUUGAAACUGAACCUUUAGUGCGUAGUGAACCCAGUUGCAAAGAUUUAUUAUUAGGUGCCAUGAAAUAUCACUUAUUACCCGAUCAAAGGUCUGAUUUUGCUAGCAAACAAACCGAACAAAGGAGUCCAGAUGGUUUAAUGCCAUAUAUAUUUGCAAUUGGAGGCGGUAGUUUGUUUACCAUACACAGUGCGGGUGAAUGUUACAACCCGAGACAUGACCGAUGGCUUCCCAUUGCGCCAAUGUCUAAAUGUAGAAGUCGUGCGGGUAUAGUUUCACUAGGAAAAUUGAUAUAUGCUAUAGGAGGGUAUGAUGGUAUUGUUGACUUGUCAUCAGCAGAAUGUUACGAUCCUAACUACAACAAGUGGUCAUCCGUUACGUCCCUAGGAACCAAAAGAAGUUGUUUAGGAAUUAGUGCUAACCACGGUCUUUUAUAUGUUUGUGGUGGUUUCGAUGGAGCAUCUUGUUUAAGCAGUGUUGAGCGAUAUGAUCCACUUACAGGAGUUUGGACUUCAUGUCCAAGUAUGACGACUCGUAGAAGAUAUUGUCGAGUUUCAGUCGUCGAUAAUUGUUUGUACGCAUUGGGUGGAUUUGACUCAACCAAUUAUCAAUCAAGCGUUGAAAGAUAUGAUCCAAGGAUGGGUAAAUGGAUGAGUGUACCGUCAAUGAGCAGUAGACGUAGUAGUUGUGCAGUAGCCACGUUAGAUGAUAUGUUGUAUUGUGUUGGUGGGAAUGAUGGCACCAUGUGUAUGUCUAGCGGCGAACGAUUCAAUAUAAGAAGAAAUGCAUGGGAGCCUAUAGCCACUAUGCAAUGCCGAAGAGCUACACAUGACGUGGUUGAGCUGGACGGUGGACUGUUAGUGUUAGGAGGAAACGACAGCAAUUCAAGUUUACACUCCACAGAACGUUACGAUCCACGAACAAACCGUUGGACAAUGUCAACACCAAUGCCAACCAGGCGCAGUUCAGUUGGUGCUGCAUUACUAUACUGUUUUAACAUGGAAAAUAAAUUGAGUGCUGCACCUAUAGUUCAGUGCAAUUUGGGGACCUCAUCAGUAACUCAUUCUCCCCUUAAAUCAACCGCUACGUCUGUAUGAUUGCCAUGGUCGACCCCCAUUGAUUGGCGGUCUAUUAAUUCCGAAAGUUCUCAUUCAUUGCCAAAUUGAUAAUUUAAUCAUACUAUCUAUCUAAAUUUUUGUAUAAUUAAAACACUAUUUUUUUUUUUGUACGUUGUUUAUCAUUAAGUAGUUUUCGCGAACAAAAUACAAUAUAAAAAAAUUUAACGCAGUUUGACAAUGAUAUAUUAUUUAUUUAUAAUUGAAUAAAUACAUGCCUUCAAACAGGAGCUUUUUUAAAUGUAAAACAGGAUACGAUUGACAAUAAUAUUACAUCACGUCGUAAAUUAAUCAAUUAACUUCAAAAUAUAAGACAAAAUUAUUAUUCAAUAAUAUGGGUCCAAAAUUCUCAUUUUAUAAAUUCUAAAGUAAUGAAGUUAAGAUAUAAGCUUAAAACAAUGUAAAGUGUACACAUAUUCCCUAAAGGUUUUCAAUGACCAUUUUAAAUUAUUCAGUUUUACAUCGUUGUAUAAUAUUUUACUAAGUGAUUAUACAUUAAUAUUUAUUAUAUUGUAUUUAGCAUACAUUUUUAUAUUGGUUCCUAAUGUUUAUCAUGUUAAACUUUUAUUUUCAGUUGAUUUUCUUCGUUUCAGAACUUAUGCAAAUUGUUUUUUAUUAGCUCAAUUGUUUAUUUUAAUCAUUUAUUAAUUUUAUAAUUUAGUUAUAAUUGUUUUCUGUGAUUGUGUGUACUUAACUAUACAACUUUAGUUAUAAUACUUAUAACA